UAACUCUCGCUUUGUUUACAAAAAUCAAGCACAGUAGCAGUCAACAGUGGAGUAGGCCUACGGUUGUGAGGACUUGUGAGGAAGAGUAACACACUACAGGAUCUCUAGAUAUGAACGUUGUGAGAAGUUCAUCAAGUCAAGAAUACAAGACUCGUAUCAGGACUUUCUUUGUACUCUACUUUCUACAAGGAUUACCUCAUGGACUACAGUCUGGCUUUCUCCCUUUGUUCUUUCGAGCUCAUGGGAUGUCAUUGGCGAAUGUUAGUUUAUAUAAACUCCUUCUCAUUCCCUGGGUUUUGAAAGCAGUUUGGGCUCCUAUAGUAGACUUGUAUGGACACAAAAAGUUAUGGCUGACUUGGAGUUUGAUAGCGCUGAUAUUUAUUAGUGUCACAGCCUCAAAUGUUUCACCGAGUGACUACACCAGUUUAACAGGGAUUCUCUUCAUUUUCAACCUCAUUACUUCAGUCCAAGACAUUGCUGUGGAUGCUUUCCUGAUUGAUGUGCUUACCCCAACACAGCUGGCCACUGGUAACACAGCUCAAGUAGUUGGAUAUAAAGCUGGAAGUUUGUUUGCCGGUGGUGUGUUUGCCUGGUUCAUUGACUUGUUAAGCUUGAGAGUGAUUUUCAUCACUUUGGCCAUUUUAUAUACCUUAGGAUUGCUUGUUAACAUAACUUAUCUUCCCUACACAGACUCUGCUAAAGUACAUCAAAUUUCACCAAAUGCUCAACAAAGGACCUCAACAAAUAAUUUAGUGACGGGAACUGUUCAGCCUAAUGCCACUAAUCAAUCACAGUCAUUGUCACACGGUGAUGGUCGGUGGUUUUUCCUCAAGAUGUUUGAAACAGAUGGAACGUUGUGGAUGCUGGCAUUUAUGCUGCUGUAUAAAACAGGUGAAAAUGGUGUCACAAAUUUACUUCCACUUUUCCUGUUAGAUGAGGGUGUACAUGCACAUGAUGUUGGUUUCUGGACAGGUAUGGUUGGACAAGGCAUGUCAAUUCUUGGCUCUGCUGUAGGAGGCUUUAUAUUUACCUCGUCAAUGACAACUUCUUUGCAAAUUCAACUUACUUCAAGGACUGUAUCUGUAUUAUUCAUUUGGCUGUCAGUCUUAUUGUGGAGCAGUUCCUUUCCUUUUGUGAAUGGGAGCUGCAUUUUCUUCCUCAUGGUGCUGUUUUUCUUUGGCGGGGCUGUCACAACCUGCACCUUUACAUUGGUCAUGCAGCUGUCUCAGAAAGCCCCUCAAAAGUACAGAGCCAGUUACUACACAAUGUUAACAACUACCGAAGUCAUCGGAAAAUUAUUUUUCUCAGCUGCAGUAGGGACCCUGGCUCAAUAUACAAGCUACAGUUUUGCAUUUGGCUUGUUCUCUUUUCUUUCAAUAAUGAUUCUUCCUAUGAUUUUUCAAGCUCCUCAAGUUGUGUUGUCUCUAUAGCAAACAUUUUGAGACAUUUAAUGGAAGUUGUCUUUUAAAAGAAAACACCUUUCAGCUGUGAUAUUAUUGUUUUAUCAAUAAAUAUUUCAUGUGACAAAUUC